AUGGAAUCAGCCCCCCAGAGGUCGGGUAUCUUCCGGAAGGGACUGAAAUCCCAUGCGAGGCUGCAUGACUUGCUCCUCAUCCUCGCCUUCUCGGGUACCCCUGGCUUCACGGCAGGGGAGAAGCUCACCUUUGUGACGCAAUUCCUCCUCGCCACCCUCACUGCCCGUCCUGAAGGGGCCCUGCCUCGCUUCCGCCUGCUCCUGUUCGGCCAUCUGGUCACCCUAUCGGGGACCGUGGGCCUCAUCACCCUGACCCGCGUGGCUCCUCGGCUCCAGAGCCCCAUGUACUCCCCUCUGAGUCACCGCUCGCUCCCGGCCGUCUGCUGCUCGUCGGUCACCGUGCGGCAGACGACGGCCGCCCUGCUGGAGCGCGGGGCCGCGCCCUCCCGCGCGCCGCGCCGCCCAGCUCUUCCUCGUCACCUUCCCGGGCUCCGUGGACUUCCCCUUGCCGGCCCUCGCCUCGCGGCCUGGCCGUGCGCCGCCGCGCUGGGCGUCUCCGCCAUGACGCGGAAGGCCCGGGUGCGUCCGUGA